UCAAUGCCGCGUCACAUGCGUGUCACAACCGCGGCAGGCGCGGCAAGACCCGUCAAAAUAGCUACACCUGAACAAAACCAUUAAUGGAGGCGUCGACUUAUGGUAUUGAACUCACAAGCGCACAUAUGACGUGAUGUUGCGCGACACAUAACAAUUAUAGAUAGGCACUUGUUGGGCACGUACGCGUUCCAAAGGCAUUUCGCUGCGGGGACUAGGGCUCGCAGCCCAGAGAGCGAGCAAUUGGGCUGAUGAGUCAUGACACGUCAACAUGCCGCUUGGAACCUAGUCCCCGAGUGCACAGCCCCUGUCUGUUGAAUCCACUUAAAAGGGGGCUAGGCUAGUAGCAGGCCGGUCAUUAUCCUCGAGUCAACAUCCUUAUCCGCUAUACCAACCAAGCUUCAUGGAAAAUUUUAAAGUUCUCGUUAUCGGAGGUUCACGAAACAUAGGCUAUUACUCUGCUGUCCGGCUUCUUGCUCUCGGCGCGACUGUCACAUUCCUUCUGCGAUCACCACAAGUCUUCGAUCAAGAUGAUACAAUCCAAAACUACAUUAAGGAAGGUAAAGCCCGCCUCAUCCAAGGCGAUGCACUCGUGAAGAACGAUGUUCGCCGGGCAUGGCCCGAGGCUCGGGUAGACGACACCAGACCAGUCGACUUCCUCAUCUUCACAGUUGGCGGACCACCCCACUUUUCAUUAACAAAAGGCGUCACCCUGACCCCACCAAACCUCGUCACCCAAUCUCUCAUUAACGUCCUCGAGACUCUCCCAUCCCCACGCCCAAAGAUUAUAGCAGUCUCAUCUAUAGGCAUCAUGCAGGCCUCCCAUAAAUCACUUCCCAUCCCUCUCAAACCGUUCUAUCGCUACAUCCUACCUGCAUUGCACAAAGACAAACGCGGCGCAGAGGAGGCCAUAGCUCAUAGCGCUGGGUGGGAGUGGGAUGCAAGAGACAGCGCGGGUGAUGAGAUUCUCGGUGUUGAUUGGACGAGUCGUAUCCCAAAUCCUGGAGAAUUCAAGAGCGUCGUCGUCAUCCGGCCCGCACUGUUAACUGACGGGGAGUGUCGCGCGGAUGUAAAGGGUAAAGGAAGCGAGGCAUAUAGAGUGAAAGAAGGGGAUCUAGAGAGCACUUGGACGAUUUCGAGGAAGGAUGUGGCACAUUUUCUCGUGGAGGGUGUAGUGAGGCACUGGCAGGAGUGGGAGGGUAAAUGUGCAAGUAUUGCCUAUUAAUUAUUGUUAUAUUUUGAAAACCGUUUUCGUGGAUUCUAUCAUGGCCCCCUUGUAGGCACAUAUGCAUUCUCUGUCGUCAAUACCUUCUCGAAACCUCACUUCAGUACUAAUUUACCUUACUGCCAGAUUGUCCUUUAGUAGCUCGGCUAUCUAAUUUGUAUUUGGACCAUA